GACGCGGGCAAGCAUGGCGGAGAGGAAGAGAAAGUCUAGACACCGGAGCAACAGCAGCAGUAGCAGCAGUUCUAGUAGUUCCAGUAACGAGGAGGAAAGGGUACCGAGGCGAGAUGAGCAGCAGCAGCAGCAGCAGCAGCAGCAGCAGCAGCAGCAGCAGCAUGAGGAGGAAGAGACGGAAGAACGCUGGGUGGGACCGAUGCCCACCGAGGCUUCCCAGAGCAAGAAGAGGAAAGUUCUUGAGUUUGAAAAAGUUUACUUGGACAACCUUCCCAGUGCCUCGAUGUAUGAGCGCAGUUACAUGCACAGAGAUGUGAUCACACACAUUGUAUGUACCAAGACAGACUUUAUUAUAACUGCCAGUCACGAUGGGCAUGUGAAGUUCUGGAAGAAAGUAGAAGAAGGGAUCGAAUUUGUAAAGCAUUUUCGGAGCCAUUUAGGAGUGAUUGAGAGUAUCGCAGCCAGUGUUGAAGGAGCUCUUCUCUGUUCUGUUGGAGAAGACCAAGCAAUGAAAGUAUUUGAUGUGGUGAACUUCGACAUGAUCAAUAUGUUGAAACUUGGCUUUCACCCUGGGCAGUCUGAGUGGAUUUAUUGCCCUGGAGAUGCGAUCUCGGCGGUGGCUUGCUCAGAAAAGAGUACCGGAAAGAUCUUUGUAUACGACGGCCGUGGGGACAACAAGCCGAUGCAUGUAUUCUCCAAGCUGCACUCCUCUCCGCUAACCGCAGUCCGACUCAAUCCCGUGUAUAAAGUCGUUGUGUCGUCUGAUAAAAGCGGGAUGAUAGAAUACUGGACUGGCCCUCCGAAGGGAUACAAAUUUCCCAACAAUGUCAAUUGGGAGUUCAAGACCGACACGGAUUUGUAUGAGUUUGCCAAAUGUAAGGCGUAUUCUACCAGUAUAAGUUUUUCCCCAGAUGGCCAAAAAAUGGCCACCGUCGGAUCUGACCGGAAAGUUCGAAUAUUCCGUUUUUUGACUGGAAAACUCAUGCGGGUGUUCGACGAGUCUUUGAGCAUGUUCACAGAACUCCAGCAGAUGAGGCAACAGCUUCCGGACAUGGAGUUUGGACGACGCAUGGCGGUGGAACGGGAGCUGGAGAAAGUAGAUGCAAUAAAACUCAUGAAUAUCAUUUUUGAUGAGACUGGACACUUCGUAUUGUAUGGGACAAUGCUCGGAAUCAAGGUUAUCAAUGUUGAAACCAACAGAUGUGUGCGUAUUCUGGGUAAGCAGGAGAACAUCAGGGCGAUGCAGCUCGCUCUUUUCCAAGGAGUGGCUAGGAAGCAUCGCGCUGCCACCACGGUAGAGAUGAAAGCCUCGGAUAAUCCUGUCCUCCAGAGCGCCCAGGCUGACCCCACCAUUGUAUGCACAGCCUUCAAAAAGAAUCGCUUUUACGUGUUUACCAAAAGGGAACCAGAAGACACAAAAAGUGCGGACUCAGACAGAGACGUAUUCAAUGAAAAACCCUCAAAAGAAGAAGUUAUGGCUGCCACUCAAGCAGAUGGACCAAAACGUGUUUCUGACAGCGCCAUUAUUCAUACCAGCAUGGGAGACCUUCACGUCAAGCUGUUCCCCGUGGAGUGUCCCAAAACGGUGGAAAACUUUUGUGUCCAUAGCAGAAAUGGUUACUACAACAGCCAUGUUUUUCACAGAAUCAUUAAGGGAUUCAUGAUUCAAACUGGUGAUCCAACCGGCACUGGAAUGGGAGGUGAGAGUAUAUGGGGUGGAGAAUUUGAGGAUGAGUUCCACGCCACAUUGCGGCAUGACCGGCCCUACACUUUGAGCAUGGCCAACGCUGGCUCCAACACCAAUGGAUCCCAGUUCUUCGUUACCGUCGUACCAACGCCUUGGCUCGACAACAAACACACUGUAUUUGGGCGAGUUACUAAAGGAAUGGAAGUUGUCCAAAGAAUUUCAAACAUCAAGGUUAACCCGAAAACAGACAAACCGUAUGAAGACAUCACCAUAAUCAGCAUUACUGUCAAAUAAGCCCAUGUUUUUAAACCGUAAUGAGAAUGUACAUAAGUCUUUUUUGUUUUUCUUUUUAUAAAAUGCUUGGGAUGGAGGAGAAUAUUUUGCAAAUUGAAAAUGUUCCUCAAUAAUUAAAAUCUACGGAACUGA